ACACACACACUCACACAGUACUAUUUCCGGCACCCGGCCGGCCGGCAAAAUGAAGUUCGGAAAGAAUCUCAGUACCCAGAUCGAAGAAACUUUACCUGAAUGGAAAGACAAGUUCUUGUCUUACAAAGACCUCAAAAAGCAGCUCAAGCUCAUUCAGCCCAAACCCAUCGCAGAUAAUAGACCUGCCAAGCGCCCCCGCCUCUCAACUUCCGGCGCCGGCGAAGAAGAAGAUGAUAUUUCCAAAGAGGAAUCUGAUUUCAUUCAAUUGUUGGAGGAUGAGGUGGAAAAGUUCAAUACUUUCUUCGUUGAGAAGGAGGAAGAAUACAUCAUCAGAUUAAAGGAUUUGCAAGAAAGGGUAGCAAAAGCUAAAGAGAAUGAGAUUGAGAAUGAAGAGAUGAGAAGAAUACGAAAAGAAAACGUGGAUUUCCAUGGUGAAAUGGUUUUACUUGAGAAUUACAGUGCUUUGAAUUAUACAGGAAUAGUGAAAAUCUUGAAGAAAUAUGAUAAAAGAACAGGAAGGAUUCUUCGCUUACCUUUCAUUCAAAAGGUUCUUCAACAACCCUUUUACACGACAGAUGUUCUGUAUAAGCUUAUUAAGGAAUGUGAGGCUAUGAUUGAUCGGCUCUUCCCUGCAAACGAGCAGUGUCCGGCGCCGGCGCCGGCAGAGGUUGAAGAAGAAGAAGGAGAGUCAAAACAGAGCUUGUAUAUGAAGAGUACAAUGUCUGCUUUGAGAGCUUUGGGAAGAAUUCGAAGUGGAAGUUCAACUGUAAGUGUGUUUUCAUUGCCUCCUCUGCAACUUGGGAGCAUUGUCUUAGAACAAAAAGUGGCUGAAUAGAUCUAGAUUCUUAAUUAUGAUACAUGAAUGUAUGUUGAUUAUUAACAUGUUUACUAUAAUCUUGUUUUGCACUACUAAUUAUGUUAACUGUUAUA